GGAAGGCACCCAGCCGCGCGCCAGGUCGAAGUGCAAACAACCCAACACAAUUACUUCAGGUCCCAGAUGGCUCCUUCAGUCAUUCGACUGGCCUUGUUGAUAAGUUGGAACAUUGUCUAUCAUUCAUGUUCGCAAACUUAUCACUGCCCCAAGAUCUGUCGCUGUUCCGCUCAGUUUGUAAAAUGCACCAAAGAAACAGCAGCCGGUGUUCCAGCUGCGAUUGUACGCAGCUGUUCUAGUCUGAGGUUUACUCACCUGCCCCUGAAAAAGAUCCAAAGACAUUCUUUUGAAGGACUUAGAGAUAUCAUAAGAAUUGAUAUUUCGCAGAGUGAUUCCUUGGAGAGAAUUGAAACUCAAGCUUUUGUCGAUCUUCAGGACUUAGUAGAACUUUCGAUUCAGAAUACAAAGCACCUGGUGAAAAUUGACCAAGAAGCUUUCAGGAAUCUACCACGGCUGAGAUACUUGAGCAUUUGCAAUACCGGGGUAGGAUUCUUUCCUGAUCUGACCCACAUCCACUCUAUUGCAUCCAGUUUUAUUCUGGAAAUAUGUGACAACUUACAUCUUUUAUCAAUCCCAGAAAAUGCAUUUCAAGGAAUGAACAAUGAAUCCUUGACACUGAAGCUGUAUAAAAAUGGAUUUGAAGAUGUGCGGAGUCAUGCAUUCAAUGCAACAAAACUGGAUAAGUUAGAACUUAACGAUAAUAAAAAUCUAAGAAUAAUACACAAUGAUGCUUUCAAGGGAGCUAUUGGACCAGAUGUAUUAGAUGUUUCUUCAACUGCACUUGAGUACCUUCCAUCUAACGGGUUGGAGUUUAUUCAAAAACUUACUGCGCGCUUUACGUACUCACUGAAAAGAUUCCCAGCUCUGGAAAAGUUUGUCAAUUUGAUGGAAGCAAAUUUGACAUAUCCCAGCCAUUGCUGUGCAUUCAAAAACUGGGAGAAAUCAAACGGUUUUGGGGGUGACUAUUCUCAUUCUAAUCCACCAUCACAGAAAAUGGAACAAUGGAACAUACAGAAUUUUUCUGCUGGCAUGAAGAAAUACUCUUCCUCACAGAACUAUUCAUAUUUCCCCAACAAUCUUGACAAUGAAUAUGAACAGUUAGAAGAAAUUUAUGAAAAUGGAGUAUCAUUUGAUUAUGGAUUUUGCCAUGCCAAGGUAGAGCUUGUCUGCACUCCAGAACCGGAUGCCUUCAAUCCCUGUGAAGAUAUAAUGGGAUACAAUUUUCUAAGAGUUCUGAUAUGGUUCAUUAACAUUCUCGCCAUUGUGGGUAACUUUGUUGUUUUUAUUGUUUUGGUGGUUAGUCAGAAUAAGCUUACAGUUCCGCGAUUCCUUAUGUGUAAUCUUGCUUUUGCAGACCUCUGUAUGGGUCUCUAUUUGCUACUCAUUGCAUCUGUUGAUCUGAGCACCAAGAGUCAGUAUUACAACUACGCAAUAGACUGGCAGACUGGUGCGGGGUGUGCCAGUGCUGGUUUCUUCACUGUCUUUGCAAGUGAGCUCUCUGUGUAUACACUAAUGGUGAUCACUUUUGAAAGAUGGCAUACAAUUACCCACGCCAUGCAAUUGGACAGAAAAAUACGGUUGAGGCAUGCAGUUAUGCUUAUGUUUGGAGGCUGGGUGUUCUCUCUAGUUGUAGCAAUAUUGCCACUUGUUGGUAUCAGCAAUUACAUGAAAGUUAGCAUCUGCUUGCCAAUGGAUAUAGAAACUCCAGUUUCCCAGGGCUAUGUUAUAUUCCUAUUAGUACUGAAUGUUAUAGCCUUUAUUAUCAUUUGUAUAUGCUAUAUCAAAAUAUAUAUAGCUGUGCAAAAUCCUGAUUUCGUUUCUAAAAGUAGUGACACAAAGAUUGCCAAACGAAUGGCAAUACUAAUCUUUACAGAUUUUGUCUGUAUGGCUCCUAUAUCAUUUUUUGCUAUUUCAGCAGCUUUUAAGUCUCCACUUAUUACAGUUACCAAUGCUAAAAUUCUACUGGUAUUGUUUUACCCAUUGAACUCAUGUGCUAAUCCAUUUCUCUAUGCCAUCUUUACAAAAGCAUUCAGAAGGGAUUUCUUCAUUUUGCUGAGCAAGUUUGGCUAUUGUGAAAUAAAAGCUCAAGUUUAUAAAACUGACAACUCAAAUUCAAGGAGCGGCACUAAAGAAAGUUCAGGUGCAGUAAUCAAGCUAGCAAAAUUUAAUGAACAAGAUUUGCCAGCCACCACACCUGCUAAAUAUUGUUGCAAAGAAUGUUAGUAACAUUUAAUAUUUUACAGUCUCUGUCCUUCACCGCUGAAGGUGCUAUCUCAUGUGGGCUACAUCCACAGAUAUUAGCAACAAUCUGGUCCGUCUCCUUGGUGUCCAUUUUAUCAAUGUGAGCCUUAGAAGUAAAUAUUGGUACACUAGUUAAGGGUUCCAGAACUGAAAAUUGAUGUAGCCAAGAGAGAAAGGAAUCCUGGUUGAUUUUUCAGUUCCUAACCCAGGAGAGCAAUUUGCCAGAUGGCAGAGUGAGUGAAGAUUAUCAACCAAAUAUAAAACAUUCAAGUCUGAAAUCACUACUAGAUCCAUUCCCAAUUGGACAUCAACAUAAUUUACAAAAAUACACGCACAUUUUAACUGAAAACUUAGAACAAAAAUAAGGAAAUAUUUUUUCCUUAAUAUUAUUUUAAUGCAUUUUACACUCAAGGGAGAAAUGUUCACCCUUCAUUGGUAAAGCAGUUUAGCAAGUAGACUGCCCUCUCCUGCAGGGUAAGGUGGAAUGCCUAACUGAACCUCAUUAUCAUCUCCUGAUAGAACUAUGUCUGUCACAGGAGUUGGGCAGUUACGUCCAUGGUAAGUUACUGAGUGGGGUCUGUGGAGGGGUCAGUUAUCAGUGCUACAAGGCUCUGGAUAUCAGUACAAAUUUAAGUUGACACUUCCUUUCUAGGCACAUGAGAAGCACUCUUGCUCUUUCUAAUCCCUUGAACAAAAGAUUUUACCUGCUCUUAUAAUGGCCUCAUGAUUCUGACUGUCCUGGCAAUGACAUAUAACAAAUGGGACAUAUUAAAAGGUACUGAAAGAAACAAAGGAGUGGGGAAAAUGAAAAAUACUAAAAUUCCUGCAGUGUAAAACAGCUUUGCAUUUCUAUUGAUGUGGUAGUUACUUUAUAAAGAUUUAAUUAAAUUUGUUUUUAGGAACACUAAAACUGCAAGAAGAGGUUUUUAAUUGGCACAAUUAAAUGUUUUCAAUGUUUUUCCAAUACCAGAAGUAAUAAAAUAAUUUUCUCCAGUAGAUAUAUUAGUAAGGGAGUAAAUGAGCCUUGUGCGGUAAGAGGUUGCAAAUUCCUUGUUCAGCAUGAGUUAAAUGUAAUUAAUAUAAAUGGCAAUACAAUUGCAAUGGUUACUUUCCUAUCUAUUUCUGUGAACACCAAAAAGGAAAUUGGUAUUAGCCUUAGAUUGGUGGAAAGAAAGCAGGAAGAGGGUAAUGAAUUUGGAUGAGACAAUGUGUUCACAAUGAAAGACAGUAGAGAAUACUACUGUAGAAUGUCUAUAUUCAUUCCAACUUGAAAUGUGUCAGAAUAGAUGAGAAAUCCAAACCACACAGCAUCUUAAUUUUUGUACAACUUGCUUCAGUGUGGUUUGAAAAAAAACAUCCUGUAGUGCUUAGCUGAUCAGACAGCGUCAAUGAGAAAACAGUUAAUAUUUUAGAUUAGUGUCCCUUUAUUAGAAUAGGUUCUUCUCCAUCCUCUGAUAUAUCUUGCGUAACUUCGACUAGUGUACAUAGAUUUAAUUGGAUACCAUAAUUGGAUCUUUUAAUUACAAACAUAAGUGCAUCAUUGACAUUGUCACAAUUUUAAAGUCAUAGUUCUGUGAAUAUUAACCAAAAAACCUCAGAACUACAGUCAUUAUAACCACAGUAAA